GCAUGAGGGUGUCUGGGAACUGGGUGCGCCACGGGGGCCCUACCUCACUCCUUCCUCUCACAUUGCCGAUCGAGUCAGCCCCACGGCGGCAGCACCACGACGGACCGGGAUCCUCGAGGUGCCAGCCCAUGGCCGAGCCUGCUCUCCUCCCCGCCGCCCAGAUGGAGAGGCUGGCCCCAGGGCCCCUAGCCUCACCGUGUCCUCGGAUCCCGCGGGCCCGCAUUGCCAGGCGCUGCACCCAGCACUGGGCCGACCUGGGCUGCAGCUCUGGCCCCUCUUCAGGCCGAAUGAAUCAGCUUCCCCAGAAGAAUCCCCUGCGACUACACCCUGCUGGCUCUGCUGGCUGUUCCACUGGAGCGGAGAGCUCCAGCAUGGAUGGCUUUUGGAUGGAGGUGGAACAGAUCCAACAGAGAGAUGAGCUGAGGGAAGAGGACAGUGGCGGGAAUGAAGGCCAGCUUCCAGAGGAAGGGGAAGCUGAAUCCCUGUGGCUGCAGGACACAGGCCUGUCAGGCCUCCUUGGUGGCCUGGGCUUGGACGGUGAUCAUCAGGAGCUCUUGUCCACCCUGACACAGACCCAGGUGGCCGCUGUGUGCCGCCGGCUGGACAUCUAUGCUCGCUCAGUGCGAAGACAACAGAAGACACCUGUCAGAGAUGUCAGGGAUGUCUUUGGGGUCUUCAAUUCAGGGAAAAUGUCGUCAGAGAAUGGGGACUCCAGUAUGAAGGGGACCCAGCUCAGUUCCGGGGCCUCUAAGUCUCCUCCAGCAGCAGAGCCUCGGGGGCUGCAGGAGCAGGCUGGGAGGGAAGAAGCCUUCAACAUGGACUCUGCCUACUCAGAACAAGCUGCGGUGCUCCUGCAGAGGAGCAGGCCAUCCCGGGGAGGCAUCUCUGCCUGGGGCAAGUGUUCCCUGCCGAACUUUACCAUCCCCAAAGGCAGACUUGGCGUGACAAGGAUAGGAGACUUGUCCCUGCAGGAUAUGAGGAAGGUACCUUCUCUGGCCCUCAUAGAGCUGACCGCGCUCUGUGACAUCCUCGGCUUGGACCUGAAGAGGAGCAAGGCGGGGAAGUGGAAAGCGGCAGAAACUCGCCUCUUCGGUGUGCCCCUUGACAGCCUGCUAGAAGCUGACCACAAAGUCCUCCCCAGCACACAAGUCCCGCUGGUCCUUCAAGCCCUGCUGUCCUGUUUGGAAAAGAGAGGACUGGACACAGAAGGCAUUCUCAGGGUGCCCGGAUCCCAGGCCAGAGUCAAGGGGCUGGAACAGAAGCUGGAGAGAGACUUCUAUGCUGGCCUUUUUAGCUGGGACGAGGUUCAUCACAAUGACGCCUCCGAUUUGCUCAAAAGGUUCAUCCGGAAGCUGCCGACACCUUUGCUCACGGCUGAGUACCUCCCAGCCUUCGCCGUGGUGCCUAACAUCCCCAACCUGAAGCAGCGCCUGCAGGUUCUUCACCUGCUCAUCCUCAUCCUCCCAGAACCCAACAGAAAUGCCUUAAAGGCACUGCUGGAAUUCCUCAGGAAAGUGGUGGCCCGGGAACAGCACAACAAGAUGACUCUGUGGAAUGUUUCCACCGUGAUGGCCCCUAACCUCUUUCUGCACCAAGGGCGGCCCCCCAAGCUCCCCAAAGGCAAGGAGAAGCAGCUGGCAGAGGGGGCAGCCGAGGUGGUGCAGAUAAUGGUGCAAUACCAGGAUCUGCUGUGGACGGUCGCCUCUUUCCUGGUCGCCCAGGUGCGAAAAUUGAACGACAGCAGCAGCAGGCGCCCCCAGCUCUGCGACGCAGGCCUCAAGACUUGGCUGCGGAGGAUGCACGCAGACAGGGACAAGGCGGGGGACGGCCUCGAGGCGACUCCCAAGGUGGCAAAGAUCCAGGUGGUCUGGCCUAUCAAGGACCCCUUGAAGGUGCCUCUCACCCCCAGCACCAAAGUGGCCCACGUCCUGAGGCAGUUCACAGAGCACCUCAGCCCUGGUUCCGAGGGUCAAGAAGACAGUAAGGACGUGGACAGCCUCCUUCUACACCACAGGUCCAUGGAGUCAGCCAACAUCCUCCUCUAUGAAGUUGGAGGGAAUAUCAAUGAGCAUCGCCUGGACCCAGAUGCCUACCUCUUAGAUCUGUACCGUGCCAACCCGCAUGGCGAGUGGGUCCUUAAACAGAGCCCCACCUAAACCCUGUGAGUCUCAGGAGCAGCCUGGAUGCCUCCUCCUCUCCCCUGCUAGCUCUGUGUCCACGUACCCAGUAUGAGAACAAAGCUAUUUCAGGGGAAGGUCUCAGUUUUCUUCCAAGGCAUCCUUCUCUGAAAUACCUCUCAGACCCCUUAGAAAUAGACUCAGGGCUAGUGCUCUCUCCACUCAGAGGGGAUGAAGGGCUAGGGCCUCAGGGAGGGGAGGCCAACACUGUAGUCAUGAUCAGCCCUGGGAGAACUGGACAGAGGAAGAACUUCCCUUCACAGCUCUCACGUUUUAACCACGCGCACAAAGCCCUCACUCCCCUCCACCCCCCAGCCCUCCAGAGAGUUGCUUCCUACACCGCGCUUGCUGUAUGACACCACCACUUGGGGCGUUUGUGUCUCCAUGGGCUUCUGUCCAUGGCUUCCAGACUGGAGGAAAAUUAAAAAUUCAACACCUUUAUCAAGAGGUAGUUGGGUUUUUUUUUCCCCCCAGGCAAAAUUGUUUUGAAAGUGGCCCUACAAUGUGUAGUAGCAGCAGCACCAGAGACAAAACCAGGAGAGCUCUGUGACCUUGGACAAGCCCCUUGCCCUCUCAGAAUCCUUCCAGGAUGAGGGGCUAGGGCCUCAGGGAGAGGAAGCCAACGUUGUAGCCAUGAUCAGCCCCGGGCGAACUGGACAGAGGAAGACUUCGCUUCACAGCUCUCACGCUUUACAUGUUGAUUUGUACAAUCUUGUCAUUUUAUAAUAUAAUAUGUAAAUGUAAUUGUUUAAAGGCACAACAAGUUCAACAUCACA